CAUCAUUGGUCAUUCCGUCGGAGAACUCGGUUGUGCUUACGCGGACGAAUGCUUCACCGCCGAACAAAUGAUUUUGUCUGCAUACUCAAGAGGUUUAGCGUCUAUUGAAACUGAAGUAAUUUACGGUUCAAUGGCGGCUGUUGGUCUCGGCUACGAAGAUAUCAAAGAUAUGUGUCCACCGGACAUUGAAGUGGCUUGUCAUAAUGCUUCUGACAGCAGUACUAUUAGUGGGCCCGCUGAAUCUAUGAAAAAUUUUGUCGCUGAACUACAGGCUAAGAAAAUCUUUGCGAAAGAAGUACCAUGCAGUAACAUACCUUAUCACAGUCGUUACAUCGCACCUGCCGGACCGAAACUUCUGGCUUACUUAAACGAGGUGAUUCCUGAACCGAGGCCGCGCAGUCGAAAAUGGGUGAGCACGUCCGUGCCGCACAAGAAGUGGUCCACCGCAUCUGCCAAAUUGUCGUCUGCUGAAUACCAUACUAACAAUCUCCUGAGUCCCGUACUGUUCGAGGAAACCGCGCGUAUGAUCCCAAAGGAUGCUAUAACCAUUGAAAUUGCACCACAUGGUCUUCUUCAGGCCAUUAUGAGAAGGUCUCUCGGUCCGGGAGUUACUAACAUCGCGCUCACUCAGCGUGGUCACAGAGAUAACUCCGAAGUUGUUCUCCAAGCGAUUGGCAAACUGUACAACGUGGGACUACAACCGGAUAUCGCUAGUCUCUAUCCACCAAUCGAGUAUCCAGUUAGUCGCGGUACUCCGAUGAUCUCACCUUCCAUUAGAUGGGAACACUCUGACGACUGGUUUGUAACGACGUACAAAACGCAAAAGAAAGUCAUAUCCGGAGAGAGAACAGUUACUCUUUCAAUAGCAGAUGAAGACAUCGAAUAUAUGAGUGGUCAUGUUAUCGAUGGAAAAAUCUUAAUACCUGCCACGGGAUAUCUUGCUAUGGUCUGGGAAAGUAUGGGCUUGCUGCAUACGGAAAUGUUUACAGAGCUAUCUGUCGUUUUUGAGGAUGUUACCUUUUUGCGUGCUACUCCUAUACCGAAAGAAGGUGAAAUCCAGUUAACAGUGCUCGUUCAGAAAGGUACUGGAAGAUUCGAAAUAUCAGAAGGCAGUACGUUGAUUGUAAAUGGAUUCGUUCGAGUUGUGAAAAAUCCUGCGCAAGAAAAGAUACCUGUUUCGAUUUUGCCAGAAGAUGACGGCGAGGAGGAAGUGAUGAAUACUAAAGACAUUUACAAAGAUUUAAAAUUACGUGGUUAUGAAUAUUCAGGCAUUUUCCGUUCUUUAAAAAGCGCAUCUAUCUCAGGGAAGAAGGGACAUAUUGCUUGGAUAGGUAAUUGGGUAGCAUUCCUGGACAAUAUGCUGCAAAUGAUGAUUCUUGGAAUAGAUACGAAAAAUCUUUAUGUGCCCACGAAAAUACGAAAAAUUGUGAUCGACACUAAGCUUCACCAGCAAGCAAUCCAGAACUUUAAUAUAGAAGACAGACAAUUCCCCGUAUACGUAUACAAAGAAUGGGAGACCAUAAUAUCAGGCGGGAUCGAAAUUCGUGGUGUUAGAGCUACAGCCAUACCUCGCCGAGUGCCUGCUGGCGAUCCAGUCCUAGAAGAAUAUAAAUUCGUGGCGCAUCGCGAUCAAGCGCGAGUAUCCCUAUAUGAGGCGAUCAGAUUGUCCGUUCACAUUGCCCUCGAAUAUCAUCAAGCUAUCCAUGUGAAAACCGUAGAGUUGAUCGAUAUUUCCGACAAUGUGACAGUAGAUAAAUUAGCGUCACCUAUGCUCACCGAAAUUUUAGGUGAUUUGCCGUUGAUUCAAGCGAACGUACAUCUGUCAGCACCAUCUAAUCGCUUUAAUGACAGCUCGUUAUCGAACGUGAUUUUCACGGAUAAAGUGCCCAACGAAGAAAAUAUUUUGCUCGCCAUUGGUAUUGGGCUACUAACGCAAAGUAAGAGAGAUCAAUUGGAGCAUAUUUUAUUAAAAUUGAGAAAGGGCGGCUUUAUAUUAACACGGGAAAAAUCCAGACUUCAGAAUUAUCCAACAUUUUCAAAGUAUGGUUUAGCUGUUAUUUUAGAGAAAAAUACUAACGACGAGAAUAUUAUACUUUUGAAAAAAGAAGUGCAACCAGUCAGAAAAACGGAAAUUAUUCAUGUUAACAAUAAUGAAUUCACUUGGCUCGAAAAACUGAAUUCGAUUAUGAAUGGAGAAUAUGAAACCAAUAAUAUGAAAGUAAUACUUGUCAGUGAGGGAGAUUUAGAAAGUGGUUUACUAGGCUUCGUGAACUGUUUAAGAAAGGAACCUGGUGGAGAAAUUAUUAGAAGCGUUAUGAUACAAGAUACCAAUGCUCCCAAAUUUUCCUUGCAAGACUCAUUGUAUUUGGAGCAACUUCGGUUGGACUUGCCGAUUAAUGUAUUGAGCGGAAUUUGGGGAUCCUAUAGACAUCUACAGUUGCCAAGUCCACAACCGAAGCUUGUUGAUCACGGAUAUGUUAUACAAAAGAUACGAGAUGAUUUAAGCUCGCUUUGUUGGAUCGAAGGCCCUAUACGUCCUGAUGAUCAAAAGGAUAUGAUCCAUGUAGUAUAUUCUUCUCUCAACUUUAGAGAUAUUAUGAACGCUACGGGAAAGCUUGCUAUUGAUAAUACCACGAGAUUUACUCGAUUCGACGACACAUUGCUCGGUUUCGAAUUUGUUGGUAUCGAUACAGCUGGCCAUCGUAUAAUGGGCCUUUGCGCCAAUAGGGGCAUAACAAAUGUUAUCGUACCUGACAGAAAUUUGUGUUGGCAAGUGCCGGAUAAUUGGUCAUUGGAAGACGCGGCUACUGUGCCAUGUGUAUAUUCAACAUGCUAUAUUGCGUUAUAUAAUAACGGUCAGAUGAAGAAAGGUGAUAAAGUGCUCAUUCAUUCCGGCACUGGCGGUAUCGGUCAGGCAGCGAUACAUCUCGCUCUUAAUGAAGGCUGCGAGGUGUUCACCACUGUAGGAACGCCUGAAAAACGUGAAUUUAUUCGGAAGAUGUUCCCAUCGAUUCCGGACGAUCACAUUGGUAAUUCACGCAACACUAGCUUCGAGCAGAUGGUACUUCAACGAACAAAUGGUGCCGGGGUAGAUAUUGUCUUGAACUCAUUGGCCGAGGAAAAACUUCAGGCAUCAGUUCGUUGUUUGGCGCAAGGUGGUCGUUUUCUAGAGAUUGGCAAAUAUGAUCUCACCGCAAACAAUACCGUAGGAAUGAUGAUCUUCUUGAAAGAAGUUAGCAUCCAUGGAAUUUCGCUCGACAAUACACUUUAUUCUGAAACAGAGGAAGAAAAGAUACGGCUGCAUGAUAUGAUAGCCGAAGGUCUUAAGAAUGGAGCUAUUAAACCACUUAUUAGAAAAAUCUUUGAUAAAGAUGAAUUAGAGACAGCUUUCAGAUAUAUGAUGGCUGGGAAACAUAUAGGCAAGGUAAGGAAAAUUUAUAAUGGGAUACUACACAGUCUCGCUAUAAAUUUUCAAUAUUUCAAAUACACAGAGUUACAAUAAGGACACAUGUAACUAAAUAUUUUAAUUAAUAUAAAAAUGUGAAUACACAUUUAGAAAGCAGUUUUUAUCAAGCAUUAUUUAAGUAUAAGUAUAUUUUAAAUUAUAUUUUGCUCGUUUUUAUAUAACAGAAAACAUUUUGGUUAAUCAUCCAUUACUUCGUGCAGCUAAAUGUAACGAUAUUUUGAAUACUUUCCGAAUAAUUUAUUAUUGCUUCUAAUCAUAAGAUUCUUUUUAUGUCGGAAAUUAUCUUAAUCUAAAAUCUAAAAAUUUCCUAUGUAUUUUCU